GUCGACCACGGUCGCCCCUCAUUCGGGAGAUUCAAAGCUUCACAGGGAAAAGAAAUUUGAGGGUUUCUAGUCCGGAUUCUCGGCUAACCUCUGUGGACGCGCCCUCGAGUGAUAUCUCCGCGCUGCCUAUCUGCGUUUUCCUCGGAUUUCUUUGUCUGUUUUCGUCUUGCGAUGCCUCAGGGUGGAUAUGAAUAAGGUGUACAAGUUGUAGUUGAAGAAUCGGUUGGUGUUGGUUUUCUGUCUCUUGUUACUUGGGCUAUACCCUGUUGAGAAGUCAUCUCAGAUCUCUAGUGAGAUUAAUCAUUAUGGAUUUUGGUCACCUUGGAAGGAAAUGCCGAGGUACCUGAUUUAAGCAAAGAGAGGAAUUCAUUAAUAAGUGUCUCUCUGAAAUAUCCUGAUCUUCAUAUAGAGAAUGGAGUGCAACAAAGAUGAGGCCAUACGGGCAAGGUCAAUUGCUCAGCGCAAGAUGGAAGAGAAUGAGUUUGAAGCUGCUCGAAAGUUUGUUUUGAAAGCGCAAAAUCUUUACCCAGGACUUGACAGUAUUGGCCAGUUGCUAAGCAUAUGUGAUGUUCAGUGUUCAGCUAAAAUAAGAUUAGGAUCUGAAAAGGAUUGGUAUGGAGUCCUUCAAGUUGAGAAGUUGGCUGAUGAAUCGAAGAUCAAGAAACAAUAUCGACGGUUGGCCCUCAGUCUCCAUCCUGACAAGAACCGAUUUCCCGGAGCCGAGGGUGCUUUUAAGUUGAUUUGUGAAGCGAAUUCAAUGCUUUCAGAUCCCUCCAAGAAAUCUAUAUAUGACAAUAGAAUUAGAUUUUUAGUCAAAUCUGGUUCUGUCAAUUCAGCUUCUCAGCGUACAAACAGUGCUCAAAACAAUGUUUCUGAUGGUUUUAGAAAUCAGAAUCAAAAUCAAGCUGCGGCUCAACCAGCAUCCUCAGUCAAGCAGGAAAUUUUCUGGACAUGUUGCCCAUAUUGUGGUAUAAAGUACCAGUACCUUAGAGAAUACAUAAGGAGAUCUUUGCGUUGCCAAAAAUGCCUGAGGAUAUUUAUUGGUUAUGAAGCAGGUGUAAAAUGUGCUUCAAUGGAUCCUAAUUUGGGUCAAUCUGGUGCCUCUUCAGAAAAAGUUGCUUCAAACAUGUCCAAUGCCAAAACAUGCAUUCAAAAUGACGAAGGACCUUCAGCUUCACAUUUGGGGUCAGGGGGGACAACCAAUCAAAAAACUGUUAAAGCAACUCCGGGUAACCGCACAGGAGGUGGUUCUGAAGGCACCCAAGCAUCAAAUUCUCACAAGGUGAAUGUGGAUAUGAAGACCAAAGAAACAGAUAAUGCGAAAUCCUGUAGGGCAAAGCAAGGUGGAGCUUCUAGUAGUGAUGCGAUCAAGAAGGAAAAAGCUGAUGUGAAAAACAAAAGGAAGAGGAGCAGAGAGGUGGUAGAGGAGUCUAGUGAAAGUUCUGAUUCUUUGAGUGAAUCUGAGGUAUAUGCCCCCAUGAAACAUAAGUUUUGCGAUGGUGCAAUCAAGACGAGAUCUAAGUCUAGUCAGGCCCAGAGCCCACGAAGAUCAUCACGGAAAAAGCAGCAAGUUGCCUAUAACGAAAUGGAUGAGGAUGGUCUUGCUAACCUCAUGACAGCACAAGCAAGCCAGAAAAGUCAAGGAAAGGCACAAGCUGAUGCAUGUAAGAAGCAUGACAUUCAAAAUAGCUCCUCUAAUGAUGCUGAACUUGCAAAAAGCAAACAAAUGGGGAAUGUUCAUUCUAAAGAAAGCUCACAGAAGAGGGAUGCUGAUUGUGUUAAAGAAUGCAAAGCAAAUGAAGAACCAAAUGUUAAAUCUGAGACUGCUGCCCAUACAUUAGAAGCCAAUACUGAUUUUGACAAAGAUUCAUCUCCUCGUAACGAUAUGGAUGCAGUGUCCUAUUGUCCUGAUCCAGAAUUCAGUGAUUUUGAUAAGGUUCGAGAUGAAAAACAUUUCUCUGCAAAUCAAUUCUGGGCUUGUUACGAUACGCUGGAUGGCAUGCCCAGAUUCUAUGCCAAGGUGAAGAAAGUGUGCAAGAAUCCAUUUUGUUUGACCAUCACUUGGUUAGAAGCUGUUCCUAUUCAUAAGGCUUUUGUGGAUUGGGUGGUUAAUGAGUUGCCUGCUAGUUGUGGCACUUUUAAGUUUGGGGAGACUGAGUCUACAUCAGCACGCUUGUCAUUCUCCCAUCAAGUGCGUUGUGAGAAGGGCCUGAGAAAAGGAUCUUAUGUGAUUUACCCAAGAGAGGGUGAAGUGUGGGCUAUGUUCAAGGACUGGAACAUAAACUGGAGUUCUGAUCCCGACAAUCAUAAGGAGGAGUUCAAAUAUGAAGUUGUGGAGGUCAUUUCUAAUUUUGUUGAAGGAGAGGGCAUAAAAGUUUGUUACUUGGAUAAAGUUGACGGAUUUGUAAGCCUUUUUGACCGGGGCGGGCAAAGCGAGGACAAUUCAGUUGUGAUAGGGCCUGAUGAACUAUACAAGUUUUCCCAUCCAAUUCCCUGUUCCAAAAUGACUGGUACUGAAAGAGAAGGGGUGCCCAUUGGCUCGUUUGAACUCGAUCCUGCCGCAUUGCCCAUGAAACCUGAGGACUUAUUCUAUCUGAGCAAAGUGAAGGUGGAACAGAUAAAUGCAUCUUCUGGACCAAAUUUAGCUAUGAAAAAUGGCAAGUCUCUGCAUUCUGCAGGUAAACAUACUCCUAAGAAGAUUGUGGAUGCAAAAGAGGUGUAGUAUUUCUUGUGGGGCUGCAAGUAGUGGUAGGUGCAAGUCAUCGGUAAUUUUGGAGUGCAGGAGAAUGGAAGCCGCCAUCCGACUGGCAGGGAAUCAUGUUCUUUUCCUAACAAAGAGACAUACACUCACUCGACUCCACUGUAAAGCUCCCUCCUAGGAUAGGGAAUUGCAGCUGUAUUUUUUGUGGGAUGAUCGAGUGUGGAAGAUUCUGCUGCAUCCGUGGUGGUGUUUCAGUAGCCUGAUGGUGAUGAUGGCUGAAUCUAAGUGUGUGUGCAUGAGGAUGAGGAUGAGAAGGAAUGAAACGCUUUCUGCAGUGAGAAUCGAAUAUGUAAUUUAUGACAAUUGACAGCAGCAGCCAAGUGUAAGUGUAGAUUAUUUAGAAUGGAGGAGAGUUGGUUUGGAUGUUUCAUAGUAUGGAUUGAGCUUCUGGAAUUGAUUGUAGACUGUAGUUGCUGCUCAGCAGCCCAUUUCAUCCUAUCCCUAUCCCUACCCCUUGCCUUUGUUUUUUCUUUUUUA